AAUUUCUGUGGCAUGGAACUAAAAAAUAAACCUAUUAUACGACAAAAAAUCCGAACUCUCUCUGCUACUUACUUAUAGUCAAUGUUAGAGUUUUCCCCAUUAUGCGAUGAAAUAAAACCUGCGCUUGUCCACUACUUGCGAACCGCGAAGGGUAACAUUGGACCUAGAUGAGGACCCGCUGUUGCCAUGUCGGCAGGGUUUAACAUGUUAACAUUUCAAUUACAUGUGAUAAUUGGAAACAUACAAAAAAGUGGAAAUUCAUUGAAAACAUUGACCAGCAUUUGAAGCAGAAGUGGUGGAUGUGACUUAAAAAUUGAUUGGAUUUCAUAAAAACAUAAGCUAUCUACCGAUUAUUUAUUAAUUAUAUAAAAGUUAGAAACUUAUGUAUAGGAAUCAUUAAAAAAAGUAAUCAGACAGAAAACAUUUACGGCUUAGAAGCAUAUCUCAUUAAAAAAAGAAAAGAAGAAAAUGCGGCUGAUAAUACGGCAUUGAAAUUACCGCUUUAUCUACCAACAACGAUAACGAACCAUUUAUAACAGCAUAAACGAGAAAAGUAAGCGCUUAGCUGAAAAAAAUUACCGAAAAUUUGUUUAGAUUAAGCCGAACUGUCCGUACCAAGUAUACGCGUUUCGGCGUUGAAUCCAAGAAGCUGCGCAUUGAUAAAACUUUUUUUGUGUGUACGCAUAAGCGGUCAAGAUUACGUUAUCAAAAUUGGUUGCGUUUAUUUUAUUAAUAUAUCAUGGUCUCCUACUUUAUGCCUCGCGGUCGUUUCCUUAUUAAACCGCCAAAUUUUCGCCAGUUACGUCAGAAACAUAAUCAACAAGAAAGCAAAUGGCCUGCAUUAAGAAAUUUUCGUCAAAACUUUUCGCAGAAAAUUGGAAAUGGUGGCGAUCACAACACAAAACAGACAGAAGUCACCGUUCGUGGUAUGGUGCGUGUUAAGCCAUCUCUUAGUCCAACGCAUUCAAUUCAUUUGAAUAAACAACAAGGAUUACAACAGGACCGCCGCAAUGCUUUGCGAAGAUGGACAGGUUUUCUUCUGAAAUGGGCGCCAGUGGGUAUAUGUGUUUUUGGUGCGAUCGAAUGGCAAAUAAACAAGCAAAAUUGUAUAAAAAAUCGAACACUUCAUACGGCGACGGAAUUUCAAUCCAAAAUAUACAGUUUACUACCGUUGCGUUUAAUAAGUCGCUGCUGGGGUUGGUUGGCUUCAUGUUAUAUACCAGAAAGUGUGCGGCCAUUUAUAUUUGGUCUAUAUAUCAACACUUUUAAGGUCAAUCUGGAGGAGGCUUUAUAUACGGAUUUAAAACAUUACAAAACCUUCGCUGAAUUCUUUACACGGCCUUUACGUGACGGCGUGAGACCAAUUGAUUCGGUUGCCCCGUUAGUAUCCCCAGCUGAUGGUAAAAUUCUGCACCUUGGUAAAGCUUUUCGAUCUUUGAUUGAACAGGUCAAAGGCGUGAACUACAAUAUUGCCGAUUUUCUCGGUCCGACUACUUGGUUGAGAGAGAGCAAGCAGAAUAGCAAUUAUAUGAACGCGCUUAAGUACGCGACAAACGGCAGCACAAUGUUGUAUCAUGUUGUAAUAUACUUAGCGCCCGGAGAUUAUCAUAGGUUUCAUUCACCAACCGACUGGGAUUCGUUCUUUAGAAGGCAUUUUACGGGUGAAUUAUUCUCCGUAAGUCCUAGAAUUGCUACAUGGCUUCCUGGAUUAUUCUGUCUAAAUGAAAGGGUUUUGUAUGUAGGCGAAUGGGAGCACGGUUUCUUUAGUUUUACCGCUGUUGGUGCCACUAAUGUUGGAUCAGUGCAAAUUUUCAUGGACUCUGAUUUGAAAACUAAUCAAUGGGCAGGUUUAGACAUUAGGACACCGCGGAACUUCUACGAUAUGACUAUAGAUGAUGGGCACCUUUUUAAAAAAGGUGAUUUAGUUGGACAAUUUAAUAUGGGAAGUACGAUUGUUUUACUGUUUGAGGCGCCUUUAGGUUUCGAAUUUAAAGUGAAACCUGGGCAAAACGUUAAAGUUGGCCAAUCCUUAGGACGUAUACUCAAAUGAAAGGAAAACGGGUUUAGAUUCAAUUAUUAUUAAUUGUCGAAAAAGACAUAUAUUUAAACUCAGGCUUGAAUCUCACAAUUUUAGUGUGAGUGUGUGAAUGCAAAAUAAAAUGUGAUUUUUACGAUAGUUCCAUAGAGUUGUUUACGAUGAUGCCCAACCUCCAUAUAGCAAUAAAAAAUGUUUGCCAUAUGUGAAAAAGAGCCAAUAUGAGAAAAAAAAAAAAAUAAAUAAAAUGAGAGAAUCCUGAGCUGAAUAUGCACAAUGCCAGUUAUAGCGAA